GUCAACAUGACACAGGAGCACAUGAGACUGAAGUGGGGAAUUGGAAGACUUAUCGCUGAGUGCUCCUUAAAUCCCAUUGUCCUUCCUCUCUGGCAUGUGGGUUUGUGUGAUGUUCUCCCAAAUAACCCACCCUAUUACCCUCGCCUGGGGAAGAGAAUCACCGUGUACGUCGGGAAGCCCUUCACCCUGGAGCAGCUUGUGACCCGGUUGCGGGAGGAGAACCGCUCACCGAUGGAGAUGCGUAAAGCACUGACGGACCUCAUCCAGGAGGAGUUGUGGAAGCUGAAGGGCCUGGCGGAGGCAACACACCAGGGAUACCACGGUUCCCGUGGCCCUGGAAGGCCCUAGGGCCCAGGCCCAGCAUGGCCGAGCCAAGCCGGGCGGAGCAGGGCCAAGCUGGGCCGAAGUUAGCCAGGCCCAGCCCACCCCAGCGGAACAGGGCCCAGUCAACUAGGCCGAAAAGCCUUAAUUCCGCCUCUGUGAUUGACCAACUCGGGGUAGCCCUGGUGUUUGGAGCUCUUCAACUCACAGUAACGUCUGGCAAACCUUCGGCCCAUCGUCCCCCAUGCUGGCCGGGGCUCAAGAGACCCUUCGCUUGUAAAACGCCAACAGAUUUCUGGAGUUUCCUUCACGGACACCAAGGUACGGAGAAGAAUCUUGGGUUGCGUUGCUAACUGGCCUACUGCGGGCGGCUCUAAACAGGAAUGAGGUUGAGGCCUUAAGGCCCUGUCCUUGGCUCGCAAAUUACGCAAGCUCGUGGUCGCGUUGAGGGGCAGGGCAUCGUGGAGUUGUGCGCGAUAUCGCGCGGCGCUCCGAAAUCUUUGUCGCGAACGAAAUCUUCGCCCGCCAACGGCCUCUCACGUAACUGACGGCCAAAGUAGGACAGGCCCAAGACCCAGGCGCGAUGCAACGUCUCACCUCCAGCAGCAGCAGAAGCGCGCAAACGAUCGCCGAGCACGGCCUGGGGCUCACGGCCGCUGUGCUCCGGAUCCGCCCCCGCUUCUACUCCCCAAGAAAACUGAAGACAGACACAAAACGCUGGAGUAACUCAGCGGGACCGGCGGCAUCUCUGGAGAGAAGCAAUGGGUGACGUUUCGGGUCAAGACCCUUCUUUUCAGACUGAAGAAAGAGUCUCGACCCAUUCCUUCUCUCCAGAGAUGCUGCCGGUCCCGCUGAGUUACUCCGGCAUUUUGUGUCCAUCUUCAAAUGACGUCACGCGCUCCAGACAGAUGUGCGGGCGCAUAUGUAAUCGCGCCCGACUGUUGCGUAAUUUGCGUGCCAAGAACACGUAGGUGGGACAAGUCCCUUAAUUCUGUUCCUACGAACUAAGACAUCUUGUUGCCGCAUGUUCGCCGGCUGCUCCAGAAAUGUGUUUCUUUGUCAAAAACUAAUACACUGCUAUCAAGGAUCAGGCAGUUGCUCCAGAAGUUUGUGUGAUUUUUUUUUAAACCAGCAUUCUGCGAUAAAGGUUGACAAAAUGCUGGAGAAACUCAGCGGGUGAGGCAGCAUCGAUGGAGCGAAGGAAAUUGGCGACGUUUCGGGUCGAGAAGGGUCUUCUUCAGCAAGAAGACCAAAGAGCUCAUUGUAGACUUCAGGAAGUCCAGAGGCGGCACGCACACCCCCAUCCACAUUAACGGGACGGAGGUGGAACGUGUUUCUAGCUUCAGGUUCCUGGGAGUCAACAUCUCCGAUGACCUCUCUUGGACCCACAAUACCUCUACUCUGAUCAAGAAGGCUCAUCAGCGUCUCUUCUUCCUGAGGAGAGUGAAGAAGGUCCAUCUGUCUCCUCAGAUCCUGGUGAACUUCUACCACUGCACCAUCGAGAGCAUCCUUACCAACUGCAUCACAGUAUGGUAUGGCAACUGCUCUGUCUCCGACCGGAAGGCAUUGCAGAGAGUGGUGAAAAUUGCCCAACGCAUCACCGGUUCCACGCUCCCCUCCAUUGAGUCUGUCCAAAGCAAGCGCUGUCUGCGGAGGGCGCUCAGCAUCGCCAAGGACUGCUCUCACCCCAACCAUGGACUGUUUACCCUCCUACCAUCUGGGAGGCGCUACAGGUCUCUCCGUUGCCGAACCAGCAGGUCGAGGAACAGCUUCUUCCCGGCGGCUGUCACUCUACUCAACAACGUACCUCGGUGACUGCCAAUCACCACCCCCCCCCCCGACACUUUU